AUGGCCUCUGUCAAGACCCUCUCCCUCGGCUUCGCGCUCGCGAUGGCGCGCCUCUCCCUCGCCGCACCGGUCCUCCAGACCUGCGACCCAGCCGACGAGAACGCGUGCGCUCCCGGCGAGAGCUGCAUUUCCGACCCCUACAACAUGUACUUUGCGCCUCCGAUCCCCACCGUCUGCGUGCCCGACUCUGCAGACUUGUCCGUCGAGAAGCGCUUCAAGCCUUACCUCUGUGGCCCGGAUGGCACAUGCGCUGAGGGGUUCAAGUGCCAGGAGCGAGAGAUCCCUGAGCUGGCGCAGGCUCUCUCCGUCUGCAUGUCGUCCAAAUGA